AUGACAAUCCUCUCAUACCUCCGCGAACUGUACUCCCUGGACACUCUAGAUACACGAUUUACGAAUUCCUCCUCGACGCCCUUGAAGUCCGUGAACGAGGCGCCCACCAAACAACCACCAAGAGAUGGAAAGACACAACCCACUGAUGCAUCGCAGCCACGAUGGAGGACUCUCGAGUUCAAGAUAUAUCUGGUCAUCUUCCUGUUUUGUGUCCCACAGAUGUACUGGGCUGUAGUCAGUGUCUCGCAGCCUGAUUCCCCCAAUUACUCCAAAUACGAACAUCUCCUCUCUCCCGGCUGGCUUUUUGGUCGGAAAGUGGACAAUUCCGACGGCCAAUAUGCUAGCUUUCGAGACAACAUCCCAUCUCUAGCAGCUCUCGUUGUUUUGCAUCCUCUCCUGCGCAAGGCAUAUGAACGUCUCAGCCUUCCCAACCCACCAGCUUCCAAUGGCAGUGCCAAUUCGCACUCUCCUGUCAGCCAGUCGACCGCUGAAUCCCGGCUUCGACACCGGCUGACUUUCGACUUCGGCUCUGCAUUGAUCUACAUUCUUGCAUUGAACGGUUCCUCGAUCUUUAAAAUCCUAAUCAUCCUUUUCAUUAACUUCAAGAUUGCCACAGCUCUUCCGCGCCCAUGGAUUCCGAUAGCGACGUGGGUGUUCAACAUCGCAAUUCUCUUCGCUAAUGAACUUGGUCAAGGCUACCGAUACUCGGCCAUGGCCAAGGCCCUCGUGCCUUUCUUUCCCGGUGCCGUCCAUUGGGGCGAAAUCUUGGAUUCUUAUGGAGGGCUCAAUCCGCGUUGGGAGGUCCUUUUCAAUAUCACUGUGUUGCGGAUGAUUUCUUUCAAUUUUGACUACUAUUGGUCGUUAGAUCGUUCAAGAGCAGGGAGCCCUGUCGAGAAGAAGCAACUCGAUCCCUCGACGCUCUCCGAAAGAGAUCGAGUCACCAUGCAGGCUCCGGCGUCAGCCUAUACCUCAUUUCGUACAUACUUCGCCUAUGUGCUAUAUCCGCCUCUUUAUCUGGCUGGCCCGAUUUUGACUUUCAAUGACUACAUCGCCCAAUCCACCUAUCGAGCACCGUCCAUCACGACGAAAAGAACCACUCUCUACGGCAUUAGACUUUUGAUCACAAUGUUUUGCAUGGAGUUUCUGAUACACACGGCUUACAUGGUUGCCAUUUCAAACGCCUCACCGAACUGGUCUGCAUAUACGCCGUUUCAACUCAGCAUGCUUGCUUACUUUUAUCUGCACCACAUCUGGCUGAAAUUAAUGAUCCCUUGGCGGUUUUUCAGAUUCUGGGCUUUGGUGGACGGUAUUGAUCCACCUGAAAACAUGCUUCGCUGCAUGAGCGACAACUAUUCUGCUUUGGCUUUCUGGCGCGCGUGGCACCGGAGCUUCAACAGAUGGACGGUUCGCUACGUCUACGUGCCACUUGGAGGCGGACCUGGAGGGGGAGCAGGCAAAGUGCGCGGCAUACUCAAUAUGCUGGCGGUCUUCACUUUUGUGGCCUUGUGGCACGAUAUUCAACUACGACUCCUGGUGUGGGGUUGGUUAGUUGUGCUUUUCGUGUUGCCGGAAGUUCUCGCGACGAUGGCGUUCCCGGCAUCAAAAUGGAAGACUCGUCCGAAUGCAUACCGCGUCAUUUGCGGGAUUGGGGGGGUCAUCAAUGUUCUGAUGAUGAUGACGGCGCAUCUGGUUGGUUUUGCUUUGGGCUUGGAUGGGUUGACGGGACUUGUAAAUGGCAUUGUUGGCAGCUGGCAAGGCGCGCUCUUCAUGCUCGGCGCUUGUUGUGCCUUGUUUGUCGGCGUUCAGGUGAUGUUUGAGCAUCGCGAAGAGGAGAAACGAAAAGGAAUCAGGCUGAAAUGUUGA